AAACCUUUGUAAAACCAUAGUCGCAUAGUGGACCAUAGUUAUAAUACUAAUACUAGAUCUAAUAGAUCUAGAACUAGAUCUAUCCUAGGCCUAGGAUUGUCACUACAAUUCUAGAUCUUGUAGAUAUAAUCUAGAUCUAGCCCUGUUACAUCUAUCUAGGUCUACAAUUAGAUGUCAUGAACAGUCAUGUUAGAUCUGUAAGGCGUAAAAAUUACUAAAAAUUAAAAAUAAACAUACAACUAACUAUCAAAAAGUAGGGAGGAAAACACUGAUAAAUAGACACAUAAGAUAAUGAAAGAUAAUGAGAGACCUAUCAUUAUUGUGGACGACUGUCACUUUUGCCUAUUUUGAAUUAGAUCUGUUUUUGACACCAGUGUGAUUGAUCCUUAGAGAGACUGCAGUCAUUCUGUAUAUAAUUAAUUUUUAAGCCUUUCUCAGUUUUUUUCUUGAAAUGGAAAAAGUAAAAUCCUGCCCUGUGGAAACUUGGACCUGCGAGGAUGUUGGUAAUUGGUUAGAAGAAAUAGGGCUAGAGAAGUUUUCAGAUCUGUUCAGUAAAACACAUCAAAUAGACGGGCAAGUCCUUUUGUCUUUAACAGAAAAAGAUCUGCGAGAACCACCUUUACAACUAAACAUACUUGGUGACAUAAAACGUUUAUCAAAACAUUUAAGAGAGCUCAAGUGCCAAAGGCUGACAAAUCUGCCUCUUUCUCAAAACAUGCAUCCUGGUGGUAUUUCAGAAGGCAGAAAGAGGCUUAAGGAAAGAAGAUUACAUAGCACUAGCAGUAAUGUCAGUUACAGGGAGAUUUCAAAGCAUGAAAGUACAGAAUCAGAAGACAUUGACAGUGCCAGCAGUGCUAGAAUGUAUCACCAAGGAAUGACUCAGAGUUACUAUACAAGUAAUGAUAUAACAUUAGAACUCUGGAAGACUAUACUCAGUUUUAUUUAUGUGUUUGCUGUAUUUAUGGUGACAGCGUUUGUGAUGGUUGUGGUGCAUGACCGAGUCCCAGAAAUGGAUAAGUACCCACCCUUGCCGGAUCUGUUCCUGGAUAACAUGCCCUAUGUACCAUGGGCAUUUGAUGCCUGUGAACUUGUCGGCUUGAUUCUUGGUACUAUGUGGUUUGUUGUUCUCCUCUUUCAUAGAUAUAGGUUUGUUUUGAUGCGGCGAAUAUUUUCUUUGACUGGAACAAUAUUUCUGUUGCGCUGUGUAUCAAUGUUGAUUACUUCACUAUCAGUACCCGGUAAACACCUCCAGUGCCGAGGAAAGAGCUAUGGAGAUAUCUACACUAAAUUAGAGCGGACAUUUGAAAUUUGGAAAGGAAUGGGUAUGUCUCUUCAAGGUGUCAGAACUUGUGGUGACUACAUGUUUAGUGGACACACAUCUAUCAUUACACUGCUCAAUUUUUUCAUAACAGAAUACACUCCAAGAAAGUUCUACUAUAUUCAUAUUGCAUCUUGGUGCCUUAACUUCUUUGGAAUUUUUUUCUUAUUGGCAGCCCAUGAGCAUUAUUCUAUUGAUGUGUUCAUGGCCUUUUAUUUGUCCUCAAGACUCUUUAUGUAUUAUCAUACCUUAGCUUACAACAGAGCAUUAUUGGCACCAGAUGCUAAACGAACCAGAGUUUGGUUUCCACUUUUCUCCUUUUUUGAGUCUAAAGGUGAGGGGCGGGUGCCCAACCAGUUUGAGGUUCCCUUAAAACAUGUGGGACCUUGUUGUCAAGCAAUGUAUGCAUGGGUUUGCUCACUGCGUGCACCUAGUAAUGCCGGAGCGCCUGAGGAUAAAGAGAAUACAAAAAGUUCCCCAAGUGAACUUAUGACCAAUGCUGGUUAGCUGAUAAUGUUAGUCCAAUGCUAUAACCUUUUUAAAUGAACACCUUGACUUUGUCGCAGCUAUUUUUAAAGAUGUUCAGCUGCAAUGAGGUUUUUAUACAAACAUGUUUUGUGCAGUCAAAAGCAAUUAUGUUUGUUUUGCUUACAAAGUGAUAUAAGCUCAGGGCAUUUUUUUUUUUUAGAAAUAAUUUUUGCAAUCUAUGCACAUAUAAGAACACUCGUUUCUAGUAGUUUUAACAUUUUGAUUCUAUUUUGAUGAAAAUCAAAUUUUAUUUUCUUUAAAUUUGAAUAGAUAUUGGAUUUGCUAGAUCAUAGUAUUUUAAACUUGACAUUGAAGUUGAUUUAUAUAUUGUUGUUUUUUUUUUCAACUUCCUGUUGGCUACAUUCUCUUGGUUAAUUUAAAUCUCUUUAUUCUCAAAAUACAUUUUAUUCUUUCUAUUUCUACGCUCCUGAGCCUAUACUUCUGAGUAAAAAAAAUAGCUGCAGAUUGUCCUUAUCCGGUCUUCUCUAUGAUAGCAUGUGGUGAAAGAGUCUGUCUGUGAUCUAGCAAUACUAGUUAAAGGAAGGGAUAAACAUUUGUGGAUAAAAGUGUCUGCCAUAGGUAGACUUGGUAGGCAUGUGGGAUUUCUAGCCCAAAUGAGUCUCAAGCUACUUUUGUCGUGUAUUGACACUCAUAUGAGUUUACUGUCAUAGACAAUACAUUUAAGCUUUAUUAUUAAAUUCUUUACUAACCUGAAUACUUUAUACUGUGAAUUGUUUUCAGAAAUAUAAGUAUUGAGGUAUUUUGUGUAGACCUAUUUUGGAAUUAUUUACUUUGAAUUAGAUCACUAAAUUUAUUUCCAAAUUUAUUUAUUGGGUGUAUUAAAAAAAAUCUUGCAAGAUUCCAUCUUAUUACAAUGUGACAGGGGUAUAAAAAAAUAAAUUUUACAUCUUUGCCUUUUCAACUCUUUAUUUUAGUUGGAUUGGUUGUAACUCAUUUGUAUAGAAAAUGUCAAGCAAUGCUUAUGCUCUACUCUUUAUUGAAAUAUUACAAUUAUUUUUGCUAUAUACGGGAAAAAUGUAUUUCUCUCAUGUUUAUUGGCCAUGUUUAUGUCAUUAGUAUAGUUAGAAGUGUUUCUUAAAAUAUGAUUCACUCCCUUGAAACCUACACUGGUCCAUUUGAAAUAUAAAUUAGGGCUAAUAAAAAUAAAAUAGUAAUGUUAACAAAGUUAAGACCAGUAUACAUGCCAAAGUGUUUUCAAUAAUAUAAUUCAGAUUUUUAAAAAGUUAUUACUUGCCUAAUUGUUAAAUUGCCAAAAGAUUGUUGAAUUUGUUUGCUCUCUUAUACACUGUAAAUCUUCAGGACAUAUCGCCUUUACAAUUUGAUUCAGUUCAAACAUGUUAAUUGUGUACAUGUACCAUGUAGAUUUAGUUAUGAAAGGACAUGAAUGAUCAGAUGCUACAGAUGAAUGUGAGCCACACAUAUAUAAUUUAAACAAAAAACACUAGUGUUGAACUUAUGUUACAAAUUGCUUUUCAAUAGAUUGAAAUGUAUUAUAAUUAUGCUGAAACAAUGCAGGAGAAUCACUUUCAAUAUACAUGUUUAAAACAUUAAUAUAUUUUAGGGAUGGAUUGCUUGUAACCUGGCCAGGGGGCAUGUUACUGGAGUAGUUGAACUUGUGGGCUUUCAAACCAAUGGCAUCCAAACUGUUGAGAAUACUGGUAGCAGAAAAACAAUAAUUGUAACGAAAGAACACCUCUGCUUUAUUCUGUCUAGUCCAUGAAAUAUGAUGCUCAAAUGCAUUCCAAAUAAUUUAUUUCUCAAAUGUUAUUUCAUGAACUCUAAGCUGUUUAGCCUUGAGGAACUUCAUCUAAAGUUGUUUUUUCCCCUUUAUUCCAUUUAACAGAUUACUUUCUCUUUGACAUACUCACUGUGUUAGUGCAAAGGAAACAAUAAAAGUAUCCGUAGGCUUGCCUAUGUAAUCUGUGUAUAAAAAGUUCAACGUUUUCAUGUUCAUUGUUUUAAUAAGAUAUAGUAACAAUAGAUAUAUAAAUCAUUAAGUUGAAUACUUAUUCUAUGAAAUAAUUUUUUAUUGAAAGUCAUAAUAUAAACUUUGCAUUGAUGAAUUUAUUGAUUAAUUGAUUUUUUUAAAACUAAAACAUUUAACAUUUUAGCAAUAGGAUUUGAAAUCAGAAUCAUACAUUUCAAGUUGAAAAAAAAAUAGAAUAAAGAAACACAAUUUGGUGAAGUGGAGAAAUAUUUGAAGUUUACUAUUUAUUUUAUUUUCAAUGCAUCUUGAUUGUUUUUUCCUGAUUAAAAUUAAAAGUUACCUUUAAAGAAAUGUCAUCAACCUAUCUCAGAUGAUAAAAAUAUUAUUCUACUAUAGGUUCAACAAUAUAGAAGAAAAGCCUUAUUAUAGUACUAGGUUAUUUGAUUUAUUCUCAAGAUUAAAUUAAUAGAGCCAUUUGCAUCUGAAUGUUUUGGUUGCUGUGUAGAUAUAUAAUAUAUAUCCAACUAAUAAUUUCAGUGAUGUGUGAUAUAGAAUGAUAUGCUUUUCUUUAUGCUACUUUGUUAUCAACUGUGUGAUGUAGAAUUGGUUUAUUCGUAUUUCAGAGAUGAUGGAUGUUUAGUUUUUCAAACAGAGAAAAAAAAAACUAUUUUAAACCCAUCAGUUUGAUCAGUUCUGACAAAAUAGCAAAACAGUGUCAUCAGUUGGUCACAUUGAUAUUGAAACAAAAUUAUUUUAAAAUAUAUAUAACAUUUGCUGUGAAAUAUAUACAUAGAUUAUAAAACUUUAAUAUUUUUGUAUUUAGUUAGAGAUAUAUUGAAUAACUCGUCUUCCUUUUCAUUGUUCUUAUUUGGCAGUUUUAAAAAGAAUAUGAUUUAGUGCUUUAGUGUGUAAAAAAAAUAUUUAAUUAAUACAUUUUCUAAACCUCUGUAUUAUUUUAUUAAUUUAUGGUGCCACCCUACACAAUUUGACAUCUGUGCUUAAUGUGAUACAUAAGAGUCCAUGACAGUAUUAUUACAUUUUUACUCCUAUAAUGUAUUUGUAUGUUCGCUGGAAUAUCUCUGUCUUUCAAGAAUGGAAAGUAAAAACAUUUACAGUUUCCGAGAAAUUAUUGCAGAAUAAUAAUCAAUUGUGAAUUUUAAGUUAUUUUUUAAACAUUAAAAAAAAUAAUAAUUAAAAUAUUUUUUUCUAAUAUUUAAAAUUGUUAAAAUUUUUUUUUUAAUUAAGAAAUAUUUUGUGUACCGGUAUUAUUGUUUUUGUUUUUAGUCUAAAUGGGAAAGUUCCUUGAAUGGUCUUUUCUUCCCAUCAUCAUGGUACAUUGAAUUACCAAAUGAUCUUUUUGUAUAUGUCUUCAACUACACACACACACACACACACACACCAGCGUUUCUCAAACUUUUAGCAGUGGGGCCUCUCCCCCCCACCCCCAAUAAUUUGCAUGCUAAGUGGCAAGUGUUUUCCUGCGUUCUAAACUUUAUAAUUUCAUUCUCUUGGUAUCUACAUUCCAUUUUUUUUCAUAUUAGGAAGAGUGCAUGUUUCAAAUUAAAAAGGGUUAAGAGUAUGGGCCAAUAUGGAUGUGAAAUCUCAUAAUGAAGAAGGCAGCAGUGUCCAGUACUACUCUGUAAGGGAUUGCAAGGUAAAUAGAGUGCAGGUUCAUCUAUCACCUUUUCUUUUGGUAUGCACAAGUCAUCAACCUAAGUAUAGACAGGAGAAAUUAAACCAUCCUUACAUAAGAACAUUAAGAAAAAAUGUUUUGAAUAUUCUUCUUUAUAAAGUAUUUAGUCAGUAUUGUUGCAGAUACCUGUUGCAAAAACAUAGACAUUUUAAAUAAAGUUUAAAAGUAUCUACUUGGAAGAUGAAAAGAAUCUUUUACAUUUCAUAUUCAAUGAAAAAACAUUUUUUGUCCCUUAAAAAAAAGUAUUCACCUCACCUUCCUUUUUGUGGACCUCGCUCCCCCCCCCCCUCCACCCAAGGUGGCAUGCCCUACAGUUUGAAUAAUGCUGAUAUUCACACAUAUUUGAUUGGUUACAUAUACACACAUGCUCAUCAACAACAUGUUACUUUACAUUUUUUUUUUUUUAGUUAUACCGGUAUUAUUUCAGUUUACUUAUUUUCUAGUUAUCUUAGCUAAUUCCAGUACAAUUUCUGUUUUUACUCAUUUUUUUUUUAGUUAUCUUAGCUAGUUCCAGUACAAUUUCUGUUUUACUCAUUUUUUAAAUUAUUUUAGCUAAUACCAGUACUAUUUCAGUUUACUUAGUUUUUUAAGCACUGUGUAAAAGUAAUAUACAAAUUCAACAUCAAAUAUUUGAAAAGGAUUUAAUUAUGAAGGCAUUACAAAUUAUUUUCAAAAGAGACUCUAUAAAUGUUUAUUAGAACACAUCAAUGUGAUUUUAGUCCUUUAUUUUCUUUGAUAUAUUUUUUUUGUGAGCCUUGCUUAAAGUGAACAAAUUAUUUAAACAGCUUCUAAGAUGAUAAAUGUACUGACAGGUUCACCACUGUACUUGUAUUCUAGUCCAAUGUUUUUAACUAAGUUGAGCAAAUUACUAUUUAUAUAGCUUUUAUUUGUGAUCUUUACAAUUUUAUCACUAGUAUUUGAUUCCACUUAAAGUGACCAAUCUUCCCAAUAAAAAAAAAAAAAAGAAAAUGUUUCUUUGUGUGUGUAUUUGUGUAUAGAACUUCAGGUUAGAAAUAAUACAGAGAAAUGGAUUUUUCUUUUUCAUCUUUUUUUUUUUUCAUAAAAAACCCCCUUGAAAGUACAGUAAUUAGACUUAAAGAUAUUGAUUUUUUUCUAAAAUAAACAUCAUUGAUCAUUAAUUUUCAAAAAAGACCAAACAUAAGUUUUAAGAUGACUACAAGUUGUGCAGUUGUCAGUCAGCUCAGACUUCUGGGAUUUCAGGUUAUCAUCUUUUGAUCACUUUCUAUUUAUUGUCAUGUGAAUUGUUAUCUUUAUCUUACAUGUAUCUCUAAUGGAUCUACAUGUCAUCAACUCAGUCUUUCAAUGUUCGAACAUCACACCCUAAAGUUUGUUGAUCUACAUGUUUGAAUGCAUCUUCAUUGUAGCACUUCAAAGUCUUGGCUCAACUAGAAUGGGGAAAGUUGUGCUAGGGUCACAAGGAAAUAAAGAGAUCCAUCCGAAUGAAGUGGUACACCAAAGAUUUGGUUGUUUUGACCUGGUAUUGGACUUAUUUGUUUCAUUUUUAAACUUUUGAAAUUUGUCGUCUUUUAUACUGUUUGAGGUUUUUGCUUGG